AUGAGAUCCAAGUACUAUUUACCUAUCCUUCAAUGGCUUCCCUUAUACAAUCGACAGUUGCUCUUAGGAGACUUUCUCGCAGGCAUUACUUUGGCUUGCCUGUUGAUACCCCAAGCACUAUCUUAUGCCACUGCUCUUUGCAAGCUAGAUGCCAUACAUGGUCUUUAUGGCAUUGCCUUUCCUGCUAUUUCUUAUGCCGUAUUUGGCAUGUCCAGACAAAUGUCAGUGGGUCCGGAAGCAACACUGGCGCUACUGAUUGGGUCAUCCAUUGCUCAACAAGGCAACCAUGAGACAGGUGACAACCCGAUUGACCCACUAGCCUGGUCUUGCUUGAUGACACUCUUCACGGGUAUUUUUACACUCUUGCUCGGCAUCUUCCGCUUAGGUUUCCUUGACAGCUUGAUGAGUCGAGCGCUCCUAAGAGGCUUCGUCAGCGGGGUUGCUCUUGUCGUCAUGGUUCAACAGGCGAUCACUCUUUUGGGGCUUACAGAACAAAGCAAGGCGUGGGGGAUUUCCGAAGCUUCGACAACGAUCGAGCGUCUUUAUUUCCUUUUUAAACACAUGCAGGUCGCACAUAAACUGUCAUCCGCUGUCUCUGUCACGUCUGUUCUCUUCCUUCUCGUCAUGCGUGUUGUAAAGUCCAGAUGGACCGACAAGCGAUGGCUACAGCUCUUUCCUGAUGUGCUUCUUGUUGUCAUCGUCUCUAUUCUGCUCACCCAACACAUGGGCUGGGACCAUCAAGGGCUCGCUAUUCUCGGCAAGAUCGAUAGUGCAGGUAUCCCCUGGCCUUCUAUCCCAUCCUUUCCGCACAAUAAACACAUGAAGGAUCUCUUGGUGACCUCAGCCAUGAUUGCGGUUAUUGGCUUUGUUGAAUCGAUUGUAAUUGUAAAGGUAUAUUCGAAUCGGCACAACUAUUCCGUCAGCGCCAAUCGAGAACUCGUCGCUCUGGGUAUGGCCAAUGUCUUUAGUGGUCUCUUUCAGGGAAUUCCCGCGUUUGGCUCAGUCUCUCGAAGUAAAAUCAAUGAUCGUGCAGGAGCCAGGACACAGAUGGCUUGUCUCGUGACGGGUGUCAUUGCCAUCUUGGCCAUUCUUUUCCUCUUGCCCUACUUUCAUUACCUACCCAAGGCUGUACUCUCAUCCAUCAUCUUUGUCGCUGUCCUCUCCCUGCUCUCUGAGUUACCCGAAGAUCUUGAGUUCAUAUUCAAGAUUGGCGCUUGGAGGGAUUUGGCUCUAUUACUCGUCACUUUCUUUGCUACUAUCUUUGUCUCUUUGGAAUUCGGGACACUAUUGGCUGUUACUUUAUCGCUCCUGCUAACCAUAAAAGAAACGAGUUAUCCAAGGAUCUCGAUCAUGGGAAGAGUCAAAGGCAGUGUGAACAAGUUUAAGCCAAUUAGAGAUGAAUCAGACGAUAUCGAGCACUUGCAGGAUGUUCUUAUUGUUCGCAUUGAGGAAGCUUUAUUUUUUGCAAACACAGGGCAAUUAAAGGAUAGAUUAAGAAGAUUAGAAAUGUUUGGUGAUAUGUCCAUUCAUCCUUCCGAAGACCCCAGAAGACGUGAAUCGCUAUAUACCAUAUUUGAUGUUGGUAGUAUGCCAACCAUUGAUGCAAGCGCCAUUCAGAUAUUAUAUGAGAUAGUGGAAGCAUACAAAUCAAGAUCAGUGCAAGUUUAUUUUGUACGUCUUAGAGAACAACCCUUGCGGUUAUUCGCUAAAUCGGGGCUAUUAGCUCUGAUCGGUCAAGGUCAUUUAUUCAACAAAGUAUCAGAGGCUAUUGAGGCGAUUGAAAUGAAACGACAAGAAUAA